AGACAUAAAAUUAUAGGAAGUUCGUGAACAAUUAACGUUAAACGCUUAUCGACAGUUCACGUUCGAAAAUCUGAGUGUGUUGUGUCUUUUUAUGUGAGAAUAUAUCAAACAAUUCGGAUAAAACGUCGAAUGUAAGAAUUGUAAAUCUCAAGUGUUUUCGGCCCGGUGAAAUUUAUCGUGAAAGAGCAUCUUAAAUUUUAUCGGACGCGUAAGACUAUUUAAAGUUGAUAUUGUGAAACUCGACGUGAUACGUGGUGCGCGGUGAAUGUACUAGCACGUGAGAGAGGAGCGUUGUAUAUUUUUGAGGAUUUUCCCCGCCAUCGUGUCUUUUAUCAGGAUUAGAGGAACAAGUGUCUGUGCGUCAUGAAUACACUGCAAGAGCCGAAGCAGUACCGUUCGCCGUAUGGGUGCCUGGGUUGACGAUCGUUUCGCGGAGGAGGAGGUCCCGAUUAACCAGGGCCCGAGAAGAAGGAGGAAAGCUUCCCGCAUCCUGGGCCACGUUUGCGAUGGUGGCGAUCCAGGUGCGAUAUAUCAGCGCACCUCGAGGAACUUUAAGAAUUCGUCCAGGUCGUCACUGUUGCCAUUACGCCGUCAGUUCACCAGACAGCUCUACGAGUGGCCGUGCUUACCGUUGUUUAAGUCAAGGACGAAACUAGAUCAGUUUUGAAUCGGUCGACACGAUCACGCGGUCGCGUUUGUGCUGUGUAACUUUUUUUAUAGCGGUGCGUGGGUUUUUCUGUGCUGCAGGGGCGAAAAAGGAGAAAGAGAAGAGAAUAGGAAGCAAAAAGGGGAAACGAAACCGGGAAAUAUAAUUGAUCUUAUUGUACAGAGAGAUUAAUCGAACGAGAAGGUAAAAAAACUACUAAAUCAAGAUCGACAUAGACAAAGAGAAAAACAGAGAGAGAAAGAAAAGAAAAGAAAAAAAGAGUUUCUCGAUGUCGUUACGUUAGCUUCACGAGGACUGCGCUUAAAGUAGCGGGUUCCUCCUUAUUCUCGGCAUCAUCAACAUGGCCGAGUGGGCCAAGUUCAACGGUGAGGAGAAGCUGACUGAAUCGAGUAGGACGAUCGGUACGAGCAGCGGUAGCAAAGAGGACGACCUUAUCGGGGGGUUACACGACGAUCUGAGGAACGGGAAAGUGGGUCCACCUCGUAAGAGCGACGAGGAGCUGUUAAUCGAAAAGAAGCGUUCUUCCGCGAACAGAACCCCUCAGGAUACAUUACGGAAUACAGAGUUGCGAAAGGACAACGAUACAACAUCCACGGAGUUAAAUUCUAUAAUAAAAAGUGCCACCUGGUUGAGGAAAAGCUCGGACCAGAUUGAAAUCUUGCCGCAGGAGCAAUCGGAAGCGUUGAAAGAUCAAAGUUACGAGAAUGACGUGGCGAUCGAGAAGGACGAAGAGGAGGGACCUUGUCUGGAGAAGACGUUCGACGGAUACGACGAGCCUGGCUCGCGAAUCCGUCACGAGGCAAGACUGGAACUGAACGAAUUGUCGCGGAACUCGUUGUUGAAGUUGCAGAACAGCCCGUACAAGGAGAAUGUUUCCAGCCCGGCGAAACGGACGUUCAUGGAGAGGAGUUCGUUGAUCCUGCCGACGAAGAAUCAUUCACCAUCGAGGAAGAGCACUGUCGACGAGCUGGUCAAUGGGAAAUCACCACGGGAGGACAAGCAACAGCAUCACGUGCAGUUCAAUAAAGAUUCAAAGAUCCAACAGACGCAAGAGGAGAAACCGUUGUCUAGCCCGUCGAUCCCUCCGUCGACCAGCAACAGUUCUGACAAUAAUUCCAGUUUAGGGCAUUUGUGCGAGGCGACGCCCCCCGACGGUGGUUGGGGUUGGGUGGUCGUGGCGGCUUCCUUCAUGGUUAAUUUGAUAGCUGACGGUAUCACGUUCUCAUUUGGCGUGAUCUACGUAGAGUUCCUUAAUUAUUUCGGCGGGGGCAAGUCGAAGACAGCUUGGAUUGGCAGCUUGUUCAUGGCGAUGCCACUGUUAUCGGGGCCAGUAGCUAGCUUCCUGACGGAUAGGUAUGGCUGUCGUAGAGUCACCAUCGCGGGAAGUAUCUUGGCCACGGCAGGCUUCGUUAUAAGCUCGUAUGCCAACUCGAUGGGGGUAUUAAUAUUCACCUUCGGGGUUCUAGCUGGCUUCGGCUUGUCCUUGUGUUUCGUGGCAGCGGUAGUCAUAGUCGCUUACUAUUUCGACAAGAGGAGAUCUUUCGCAACGGGCUUGUCUGUAUGCGGAAGUGGCAUAGGAACGUUCAUUUUCGCGCCGGUCACACAAUACUUGCUCGCCGAAUACGGUUGGCGGGGUACCACGUUGAUUUUGGCCGGUUUAUUCUUGAAUUUGGCUGUCUGCGGUUGUCUGAUGAGGGAUCUGAAAUGGACUACGAUCAGGGCGAGGGCUAAGACCGAGGAGAGGCGGAAGAAUCGUGAGAAGAAGAGGAGCAGGAUACAAAGCUCCAGCAUGGACUCGUUCUCCGCGAACAGCUCGUUGAACACUCUUACGAUCAUGGAGAAUCUUCGUAUCCAGGAGGGAGAGGAGGAUGGCGAGAAGCUGUUUUCCAGUCUGGUAAGCUUGCCGACGUUCGUCAAGAACGGCGAGAAGGUCCCUCUGGAGGUGUUGGAACUGCUCAGCUCUCGCAAGGACGUCUACAACGUGUUGCUGCAAAAUUACCCGAGUCUGUUGAUCUCUUCGAGAAGUUUGAGCAGUUCGGUUCAGUUCCACGACCAGGUCAGCACACCGUCAGCGAUGUUCGUGCACAUGCCGAGCUCGUUGUCCGAGCUGAAAACCGAGGAGAACAAGCGGAAAGAGCAGAAGGCCAAGGACAAGAACAAGGUAUUGCGUAGCGUCGAGCAAACGUUCCAGCAGCAGACCGACGCAGGCUGGAGAUUGUGGCGAUUGAAGAAGAGCAAUCUGGACAGUUCGGCGAGGAGAUCAAGCACCCUCGAACAUUCCAGGAGGCUACCCACUGCCUAUCUGAAAGAUGUUAGAGUGCACAGACACAGCCUUACGUACAGGGGCGCUAUGUUGAAUAUAAAUCGAUAUCGGCUCAGAGCCUCCAGUUGUCCGGAUAUUUAUAGGAACUCGAUGACUACCAUGGCAGAAACGAAGCUUGUCUGGUAUGCCGGUCUAUGGGAAUUUUGGGAUCUUGUAGUGGAUAUGCUUGAUUUUUCUCAUUUUGCCGAUUCUCGUUUCUUGCUGUUCGCCAUCAGCAAUUUUCUCCUGCACACUUGGUACGACGUACCCUACGUUUACCUGACAGACAACGCGAUCGAGAUGGGCUUCAGUGAAACCGAUGCUUCUAUUCUGAUAUCGGUGAUUGGGAUAAGCAACAUGUGUGGCGAGAUUCUUCUUGGUUGGGCAGGCGACAGAGCAUGGGUAAACGCGUCCAUGGUAUAUGCAGUAUGCAUGGCUAUCUGUGGCGCGGUCACAGCUUUAAUACCCAUGGUAGUUGGCGAUUAUUAUUCUUUAUGCGCGAUCUGUGGCGCUUUUGGAUUAUUCGUCGGGGCGAACUACAGUCUUACCAGCAUCAUCCUUGUUGAAUUGAUCACGUUGGAGAGAUUCACGAACGCUUACGGUCUCCUGCUUUUGGUUCAGGGUGUUGCUAAUCUUAUGGGCCCUCCGCUGGCUGGAUGGCUUUACGAUAUCACGGGGUCAUACGAUCUGUCGUUUUAUUUGGCCGGUUUCUUCAUCGCGUUGAGUGGAGCGUUAUUACUGCCGAUGCCUUUAAUUAGCCUCUAUCGAAAAUACUCGAACGGAUCACGGAAGGAAGAAACGGAGGAAGAUUUUGCGAACAUGAGCAGGGUAUAAAAACGGAUGGAGGCAACGCCGUCGAUCAUUAUCGAAGGGAAAGAAAAGCUACGAUCACCGAUAUGCUCGAUGUAUUUAUCGAUAUCCAACGGAAUUUAAUGGAAUAACACUUCCAACCAAAAGGAAUUGCAAU